AUGUCAUCCACCGAACAACUCUUCAUCUCCCUCCUAAGGAGCGACCACAUCAAAGACCACCUCUUCCCCAACCUCUCCACCGCAGACAUCGCCUCCGUCCGCCAAACCUCCUCCGCAUGCUGCAACCUCGUCACCAAGCGCCUCUUCACCCGCAUCACCACAACCUUCACGUCCGCCACCUUCACCAAGCCCAGCCGCGUCGCCGCCCUCAACCGCAUCGGCCACCACAUCGAGCACCUCACCUUUUACAUGCCUCACUCGGACGCUACCUUUCUGCCGCCGCUGGUGCACCCGCUCACCGGACAGGAGAUAUGUUUUCUGUAUACGCCUCACACGAGCAUGAGCUCCGUGCUCACUCGCCGCAAGUACGCCAACACAGAACUGGGCGACAUCUUGACGCAGCAGUAUCCGCCGCUCUUUCACGCCGCCACCAAUGUCCCCAGCUUCAUCCACGCCUUCAAGUCGCUCCCCAACAUGCGGCACUUGACUGUCCGGUGUCCCGGGCAGGAUCCCCGCGAGAGAUAUAGACGGGAUAUCGUCGACUAUGCGCUUAUUAGUCUGCGAAUUGCCGUGGAACGAGCACCGCUCGACAAGCUUAACAAGUUGAGUCUAUCGUCGCUUCACCCAGCGGCGUUCAACUACCUCCGUCACACUCAAGGGUUCGGAUCCGUCCCCUCAGCAGGAAAACGCUGGAAACAAAUCAAGAAGCUCAACAUAUCGGUUGAAUCGUGGGACUUUUACGGCCCCUCCCCAGGACUGGAUCACCUGAAAAUCAUUGACGACUACGUCCGCUUCUUUGCACCGUCCCUCGAGAAAUUCAGCUUCUCAUGGAUAGGAGUUAAGGGUCCCUGCCCCGCGGCCCUGUCAUCCGAUCCGCUCUUUGCGCCGCCAAGAUCAACCAAGAAGCUCUUCCACGAAGUCACUUCGCCCAUGUCGCCAUUACCAACACGCCCUCCCAGAGCACCAAUUCACUUCCCCAAGCUGCGGUACCUGCAGAUCCGCAACUCCGCCAUGAACGCCCCCCAGCUCAGCGAUCUGAUCAAGUCGCACAGCUCUACCGUCAAGGAAUUCGACUUUGAGAACGUCGUGCUCACCAACAAUGGCAGCUGGGAUGAUGCGCUUUCGCCACUGAAUAGAGAUGAUUCCUGGAGGAGGAGUCUGGCAGCCUCGUCGGAGUGCAGCCUUGUUACGUGCGAGAGCGACGAGGAACUUCCUAGUCCGAGCGCGGCGGUGGAAGCAGCGAGCAGGGAGUUAUUGGACAUGGAUCUCGGUGGGCUGGACUUCUCGGAGGAGGAGAGAGGUGUGAUGGCGGCGUUGUCCGAGACGGCUGCGUGCCUGGCGAGGCCAGAUGAGAGCGCUAGCUUCACGACCAAGUUGCGCAAGAGGACGAGGAGGAGACGCAGAAAGAAUGACGAAAAGUCUGAUUCUCGCCCGUCGUCAAGCCAUGAGAGGAAGGUAUCGAAGCCGAAGCCCAAGGCAUCGUUUGAAUCUGACGGGCCUACACUUGCACCAGCUUCACCACGGCACGACAUCACGGCACCGAUUCUCAUCUCAGAUCCUCACCCUGUCCUCCUCCAACCAACUGUAUACGAUCCAUCUCGCACUCACGACGACGAGAUAUCACCCGUGCAGCGCAAUAUUGAGCAAGAAGAAGCGCACAGAUUACUAGCCGAAGACGCAGCAGCAAGGGUGAGCGCGCUGCAAAAGGCCAAGGAGGCAGUCCUCUCGAAACUGAGCAGGGAGUUUUGCGCCAAGCGCACCAAGGCUGUGGAUGCGGUGGCGGCGUGUAGGACCAUGGCUGGGAGGGAGUGGACGAACGGCAUGUGUGCGCGGGACAUGGUUGUCGAGGAUAGGGCGAGGAUGGAGAGUCGGAGUGCGUUGGUGCCGCUGAUGUUUAGUCGUUCGUGA